GCCCACUCCUUUCCGACACAAAUCGUCGAGUUACACGAAGCGAAAAGAGUCUAUAGAAUUCGGGUCCACCGUUUAACCCAAAAAAAUCCAAGAUAGUCGUUGUUAUUGCGGGCAAUAACACGACCUUACCAUAACUGUUGAUCAGUUCCACUCUACAAAACAUUAUCGACCAAUUUCUACAAAUACUUCAAGCCAUCGGCACGCUAUACGUAUAAGGAUUGUAUGAUGAUUACUAUGACUGAAGCCCUGGAUAGUCUUGCUCAAGUUGCUACCGAUCAACUAUUUGCCUUUGAUACUGCAAGUUUCUUUACUCCUCAGUUGGCUCGACAAGUCCCAUUAGGAAGCGAGGACUUUGUUACCGGAAUGGAUGAACCUACUAAUAUCUUCGGUGAGCCGAUUGAUUUCCACGACACAUCUGUUACAGGAGACCUUGAUUUUGGAGCAGUUCCCGAAAUCAAACAAGAAGGAGGACAACAGAAAGGAUGUCAACAAAGAUUAGCCCAUUUCAAGGGACCUAGUUUGCACGACUUCACAACAAUGCCAACAGUGUCCACACCACCUCCAACUAGCCAAGCUUCUCCUUACAGUUCUCCUGCUCACAACUGGUGGAUCCCUGAUCGCACCUUCCUGACUCCACUUAUCAGCCAAACAGCAAGUUCAUGGAAUCCACAUGUUCUUCAAGAGGCCAAAAUCCCUGUCACUCAGGCACAAAUGCCUGAACCUCAAGAACAUGGGCUUGGUGACAACAUGGAGCACAGCAUGAUUGGAAAGUCUCAGGCUAACAUGAUGCCACGUACUUCUCAGCCACAAAACACAAAUGCUGGGCAAAUGUUUAUGGAAGCAACAGCCACUUUAAAYAUGAAAUGGCCUAUUGUGGGAAGUUCAUUCCAAAAUUUCAUGCCAAAUGAUCAAUCUUCAGUUUUAGACAAACUGUUACUUCAAAGUAAUGGAAAUAUGGAUUAUGUUAUACCUCCUGCCACCAAACCACCACAAAGGGGUCGUCCUGCAAAGGCUAGCUCUUCUCUGAAAGCUAAACGCAGCAGCCCUAUCGAUGGACGAUCACGAACACCACCAAGUGAAAGACCUUAUGCUUGUCCAGUUGAAACAUGUCCUCGGCGCUUCUCAAGAUCUGAUGAGUUAACAAGGCAUAUGCGUACACAUACAGGACAAAAACCUUUCCAGUGUCGCAUCUGCAUGAGGAACUUUUCACGCUCUGAUCACCUUACAACUCAUAUUCGCACUCACACUGGAGAAAAGCCUUUUGCAUGUGAAACAUGUGGACGCCGAUUUGCUCGUUCUGAUGAACGCCGCCGCCACAUGAAAAUUCAUUUAAGAGAACAAGCAAAGAAGGAAGAAGAAGCAAGAAAAGCUCUGGCAGCUCAACAAAAUGAUAUUACCUCUUCACUUCAGGGCAGGUCCCCUCAACCAACGCCACCACCAAUGCAUAUACCAGUUUCAAAUGUAAAUACUCCACCACAAAUGCAUAUACCAGUUUCAAAUGUAAAUUCGUUUUAAGAAAAUACUGCUGGAACAGUAAACAAAACCAAGUGCAGGCACUAUAGGAUUUWAAAAAUAUUAUAAACUUUUGCAGUGCUGGCACUGAAAGACUUUAUAUUCUAUAAAGUGAACUUUAAAAGAGACAAAAUGAAAUGUAUUAUACAACAUUGAGGGCUAGCCCCAUCUUUACGAUAAACAUGAAUCUAUUUAAUAAGUUAAUAGGACAUUAUAACAAUAGGCUGGUCCUAUUUCAUGUAUAUAUWUUUCACAUAUUAGUAACCAGGUUUGCAGGUCUACCUGUGCUACUGAAGACCUAUUUUGGUAUGUUCGACAUUCAGAUGUAUAAAGACUUAUUUCUAAAUAAGUAUUUACAUCRGCUUGCUAUUUUAAGUAAAAUGUGAGUUCCAAGAAAAAAGUUGUUCUUUGAUAAAGGAAAAUAAUAAUUUACAAAAUUAUUUUCUAGUUUUUUUGUUAGGAUAUAGGAUAUGAAGCAUUGGAGUUUUAAUACAUUUUAUGAAAAUAUACAUGGGUUAAACCCAUUCAUAAUGAUGCAUUUUUUAUGGAAUUAUUCCUUUGUCAAAGAAUACUAGAAUAAAUAUGAAAUACAUCAACAUGUCAAACUUCUGAAUGUCAUGCUGGUCAUGAUAUUGUAAGUCAGUGCAGGUAACUGAUAUUAUUAAAAAUGUUUUGAAAAUGA